CCUCCCUGCCGUCGGAGUUGUUCCCUGGGUUUGCCUCGCCGCCGCCGGGUCCCCGCACCCCGCCUUGGCCCGUGCACAGCCACUCUCCCUGCCCUCCUCGCCUUCACCAUUCCCGGGUCUCGGCCGUCGAGGCACCGGGGCCGGGUGAAUGAUGCCGUCGGAGAGUGGAGCUGAGAGCCUGGAGCAGCCAGCUGCGCAGGUGGGGACCGGUGCAGCCUCGGCAGUGGCCACGGCUGGGGCGGCCGGCGGCGGCCCGGACCUGGAGGCCUCCUCGGCCUCUCUGGGACGGCACCAGAGCCGACUGAGCUGGCCACAGGUGAAGCGGCUGGACGCGCUGCUCAAAGAGCCCAUCCCCAUUCACGGGCGAGGCAACUUCCCCACGCUGAGCGUGCAACCCCAGCAGAUCGUACAGGUAGUUCGCAGUAGCUUGGAAGAACAGGGACUGCAUGUCCAUAGCGUGCGCUUGCACGGCUCAGCUGCGAGCCACGUGCUGCACCCGGAGAGUGGCCUAGGCUACAAGGACCUGGACCUGGUCUUCCAGAUGGACCUGCAGAGUGAGGCAUCCUUCCAGCUGACCAAGGCAGUGGUCCUGGCUUGCCUGCUGGACUUCCUGCCCGCGGGAGUGAGCCGGGCCAAGAUAACGCCGCUGACACUCAAGGAGGCCUAUGUGCAGAAACUGGUGAAAGUGUGCACAGACCUGGACCGCUGGAGCCUCAUCUCACUGUCCAACAAGAGCGGCAAGAACGUGGAACUCAAGUUCGUGGACUCCGUGAGGCGCCAGUUCGAAUUCAGCAUCGACUCCUUUCAGAUCGUCCUGGACUCGCUGCUCCUCUUUGGCCAGUGCUCAUCCACACCAAUGUCGGAGGCCUUCCACCCUACGGUGACUGGUGAGAGCCUGUAUGGGGACUUCGCGGAGGCCUUGGAGCACCUGCAACACCGCGUCAUUGCCACACGCAGCCCCGAGGAGAUCCGAGGUGGCGGCCUCCUCAAAUACUGCCACCUCCUGGUACGGGGUUUCCGGCCAAGGCCCAGCACUGAUGUUCGCGCCCUACAGAGAUAUAUGUGUUCCCGUUUCUUCAUCGACUUUCCGGACCCGGUGGAACAGAGGCGCAUUCUGGAGCGCUACCUGGAGGCCCACUUCGGCGGAGCAGAAGCAGCCCGCCGGUAUGCUUGCCUUGUGACACUGCACCAGGUGGUCAACGAGAGCACAGUGUGCCUCAUGAGCCACGAGCGCCGCCAGACCCUGGACCUUAUUACCAUGCUAGCCCUCCAGGCACUAGCGGAGCAUGGCCCUGCCGCCAUGGCUGCCCUGGCCUGGCGGCGUCCUGGCUCAGAUGGGGUUGUACCGGCCACCGUUAAUUACUAUGUGACCCCCAUGCAGCCUCUGCUGCCCCGCGCUCACUCCUAUCCUACCUGGCUGCCUUGCAACUGACUCUGAUCCUGGCCAGAAGGGAACGAGCUUCAUGGGUGGGGUGGGGUCAUCAGGUAUGUGUUGAGGAUGUAACCAGACACAGGCCACCUGUGCCAGCUGGCCCGGCACUAUAGGGUUGGGCCUUUGAACAGACCAGACUUUCCUGCACGAGGCCCCUAUGGACUUAAAGCCAAGUCAGGGUUCUUGACAGAAGGUCCCCUUGGUCAUCACACUACACUCUUGGGCCUGCAUAACUGUGGGGACACAGAGGAUACUUGCCUUGAGAAAAAAAAAAA